CUAAUGAGCAGAAACGCCAAAAGAGCUCAUGGGAAAAGCUGUAAUUAACUGUUUAUGUGAAGCCCCCAGUGACAGACAGCUCGAUAUUGACAACAAAGCCUUUCAUUAAGAUACUAAGACAUCACUCCCUCCAAAAUGAGGAGGAAGUCUGUGGUGCCUAUAAUUUAAAAAUGUUUUCAAAAGCACCUUGACAGUUAGGGACACAAGCGGUAAAUGUGCUCACCAGAUACAUCAUUCCAGGGUGGACCUUAAUCCCAUCACUAGUCAUCUCGGUGCCUAACGACACUCUCCUUUUGGUGAGAUUAGGCCACACAAUUAUGGAAUUAAAAACCGUUACCCCUGUUCUACUAAGGAACAAGAAACAAUUCAAGAACUUGCCCCAGGUACCAGUGUAGAAAGGACAAGCACUUGUUGCCCAGUUCUCUGCCCCAUCAAUGGAGUUGCCAGUCAGGCACUAAUAAUAACUGUACACAUUUUUGGAGCCUUUAUUAUACACCAGGAUGUAGUUUAUGUACAUAAGCAACUUUUUAGCCAACCUUAAAAAGUACUAUCAUUCUCUUUUUUAUCUAACUCAGCAGAAUUAAAUGACCUGCCCAUGCCCAAGCCUCAGAGCCAUUAAUUGAUGGUACUUAAAUUUAAAUCCCCUCUGUACUAACCCUCCUUCACUUAAUUCUUGGGGUGUCGAUCUAUGUGUCAGUCCAGAUCCUAAGCCAAGAAUAUAAUGACCUGCAAACUGCGAUGGGACAAUUAGGUUUGAUGUGCCAUUGGUACAAGAGUUCUUACUUUGAAAAUGUUAUUUAUACAUGCCUUUGAGAAAUAACUAGAGCUAAUACUAAACCCACUAUUUCAGGGACGCUGCUUAGGACAAACACAUUGCUACGGCCAAGGUGCUCAGAUAAGCCCUGGGGACCCAUGAAGUUCGCUGCUCGUGAACUUGGGCCGUGUCCUCCUGAACAUGACUUCACAGGCUGUCGUAAAAAGUAAACGUUUCUGAAACAGCUUCAGAAACACAAGCCUGGGCCGCAGGAAGCACUCUAUAAGUAAGAGCCAGCGCGAUUAACGACCGCAGAAAGCUGCAAGGUGGAAGCCUUUCCACGCGGACCAGGCGGGGCUCUGCUACCACGCACGCGAGGGGGCGGGACGCGGACAGGCCACGCCCCCGCGCAGACGCAGAAGCCCGCUCCCGAAGGCGGGCGGCCUGUCCGCCUCCCCCGGCAGGUGAAGGGCCGGCCCGUUCGCCUGGGCCCGUACCUUUUCCGGCCCGUACAGGUCGUCGCCGUACUCGCUGAGCAGGCUGUAGGCCUCCUCCACGCACUUGCGCUCGUUCAUGUUGCAGUUUUCAUAGGAAACCUCAGGUGCUAAAACAUCCAACAAAACUGAUGCUGUCUCUUGUCACCAUGGAGAUAUUACUUCGUUCCAAGUGUUUUCAGCGCCUAGCAGUUCCUGGUUCUAUGAGAGUGUUGCAUAAAGAUUAUAGAACAGUAGUGACCCCUCAGAAUUUUUCCAACUAUGAGUCCAUGAAAAAGGACUUCAAACUGGAGAUUCCAGAGUAUUUCAACUUUGCUAAGGACGUCCUGGACCAAUGGACCCAUAUGGAAAAGGCUGGAAAGAAACCUUCCAAUCCAGCCUUCUGGUGGGUAAGUGGAAAUGGAGAAGAAGUGAGAUGGAGUUUUGAGGAACUGGGAUCUUUGUCCAGGAAAUUUGCCAGUAUACUUACAGAAGCCUGUGCCCUGCAAAGGGGAGAUCGGGUCAUUGUGAUUCUGCCCAGGAUCCCAGAGUGGUGGCUUGCAAAUGUAGCCUGUCUGCGAACAGGUACAGUUUUAAUUCCAGGAACCACUCAGCUGACCCAGAAAGACAUCCUCUACAGACUGCAGUCUUCAAAAGCCAAGUGCAUUAUUACCAACGAAGUUGUGGCCCCAGCAGUGGACGCUGUGGCAUCUAAAUGUGAAAACCUGCACUCCAAGCUAAUUGUGUCUCAGAACCCCAGAGAGGGGUGGGGGGAUCUCAAGGAGAUGAUGAAGCAGGCCACUGACAACCAUACCUGUGUGGCGACAAAACACGAUGAGAUCAUGGCCAUUUACUUCACCAGCGGGACGACAGGAUCUCCUAAAAUGACUGCACACACCCACAGCAGUUUUGGUUUAGGAUUAUCUGUAAACGGAAGGUUCUGGCUGGACUUGACGCCUUCGGAUGUGAUGUGGAAUACCUCUGACACAGGCUGGGCAAAGUCUGCAUGGAGCAGCGUGUUUUCGCCAUGGAUCCAGGGAGCAUGCGUAUUUGCACACCGUUUGCCGCAGUUUGAGCCAACUUGCAUCUUGCAGACUCUCUCCAAGUUUCCCAUCACUGUCUUCUGUUCAGUGCCAACUGUAUACCGAAUGCUUGUACAGAAUGAUAUGACCAGCUGUAAGUUCAGAAGCUUAAAGCACUGUGUGAGUGCUGGGGAGCCCAUCGGCCCUGACGUGACUGAGCAGUGGAAGAGGAGGACAGGGCUGGACAUCUAUGAAGGAUACGGACAGACUGAAACGGUGCUAAUCUGUGGAAAUUUUAAGGGAAUGAAAAUUAAGCCUGGCUCAAUGGGAAAGCCUUCUCCUGCUUUUGAUGUUAAGAUUUUAGAUGCAAAUGGCAAUGUUCUACCUCCUGGACAAGAAGGAGACAUUGGCCUUCAAGUUCUACCCAAACGACCAUUUGGCCUUUUCACUCAUUAUGUAGAUAACCCUACAAAAACAGCCUCAACUCUACGAGGCAACUUCUAUAUCACUGGGGACAGAGGCUAUGUGGAUGAAGAUGGGUAUUUCUGGUUUGUUGCAAGAUCGGAUGAUGUCAUAUUAUCCUCUGGUUACCGAAUCGGACCAUUUGAGGUAGAGAGUGUCCUGGCUGAGCAUCCCGCAGUGGCAGAGUCAGCUGUGGUCAGCAGCCCAGACCCCAUCAGAGGAGAGGUAGUCAAGGCUUUUAUUGUUCUGAACCCCAAUUACCAGUCACAUGGCCAAGAACAACUAAAAGAGGAAAUUCAGGAGCAUGUAAAAAAAACUACAGCACCCUACAAAUAUCCUAGAAAGGUAGAAUUUGUUCAAGAGCUGCCAAAGACUAUCAGUGGGAAGAUAAAAAGAAAUGAACUGAGGAAGAAAGAAUGGGAAACUGUUUAAAUCCAUUCUUUUAACCAUCACAGCAUCCAUAAAACAAAGACUGUAGAAACCUAAGAUUAUGAAGAGGUGAUAAAACUGUGACAGUAUGCUUAUGAACUACUGAUUUAAAAUAUCGUGUGGCCGUAACACCAGAGGCUGGAUUCUGAAAAGAAAUAGUAAAUGCCUCUGCGUUAGUAUCAGUGUUCUUAUAAUUUGCUAAUACAAAAAGAAUACCAUCAGCUGAUAAGGAAUUUUUAAACGUAUGGUAGAGAAGCAGUUUCUGAACCAAAUCUCUGAUCUGUUGAUUUUCACAUCUUAAUUGAGUUAACUCUUAUGAUAUGUUAAUAUACAAACCAGAACCAAUCUUCAAGCACUGAAAUAAAACUAACACAAGCUUUUAGAAACACAAGAAAACCAGAUU